AUGAUCAAGGAAACAGAACAAAUCCCAGGGCCUAGACCCCUGCCGGUCGUGGGAAACCUCUUCGACAUGGACCUUGAACAUGGUCUAGAAUGUCUCAUUAGAUUGGCCGACGAUUUCGGACCGCUCUUUCAAAUCACUAUCAACGGCGAAAAGCAGAUCUUUGCCACCAGCCAGGCCCUGGUCGAUGAGCUCUGUGAUGAAUCCCGCUUCCAUAAGGCUGUCAUGGGGGGACUUGAGAAGCUACGAAUGCUUGCAAGCGACGGCCUCUUUACGGCAUAUCAUGGCGAGCGCGGCUGGGGGAUUGCUCAUCGGAUUCUGGUGCCGGCUUUUGGCCCUUUGCGUAUUCGAAAUAUGUUCGAAGAAAUGAACGAUGUGGCCCAGCAGCUUUGUUUAAAAUGGGCCCGCCAGGGUAGCUCGACUAGUAUCAAUAUCACAGACGAUUUCACACGCCUUACGCUAGACACAAUCGCCCUAUGCACAAUGAACUUCAGGCUCAAUAGCUUCUACAAUAACGAGACGAUGCACCCAUUUGUCAAGUCCAUGCUCUAUGUGCUGCGGGAAUCCGAUAUCCAGUCCAUGCUUCCGGGAAUCGCAAAUUGCAUCCGAGUCAAGGCACGGAGCCGGAUGUCGAAGCACAUCCAACUGAUGAGGAACAUGGCUCGCGGGAUCAUUCAAGAGCGCCGAGAUCAAGCGGAACCGGUCGAUGACCUCCUCAACACGCUGUUGAACGGGCGGGAUCCAGUCACUGGCGAAGGCAUGAGCGACGACCUGAUUAUCAACAAUGUCAUCACCUUUCUGAUUGCCGGCCAUGAGACCACUUCCGGCCUGCUCUCGUUCACCUUUUACUACCUGCUGCAAAACCCACACAUCCUGGAACGGGCCCAGAAUGAAGUUGACGAGGUUACUGGCGGGGAGCGGAUCACAGUGCAGCACCUGGGACGGCUUACAUACAUCGACGCCAUAUUGAAGGAGAGUCUGCGUCUUAUGCCCACCGCGCCGGCCUUCACCGUCACUCCGAAGAAGCCCGAGGUGCUGGGCGGGGCCUGGGCCAUCGAUGCCGGACAGGCCGUCAACGUGCUGCUGCCGGUCUGCCUACGAGACCGCAGCGUCUUUGGACCUGAUGCGGACGAGUUCCGCCCCGAACGCAUGCUGGAAGAGAAUUUCUCCAAGCUCCCUCCCAAUUCUUGGAAGCCCUUUGGCAACGGCGAACGUAGCUGCAUUGGUAGGGCCUUUGCCUGGCAGGAAGCUCAACUGGUGGUUGCCAUGGUUCUUCAAACGUUUGACCUGGUGCCUGAUGACCCGUCUUACAAACUGCGGAUCAAGGAGACGCUCACUAUCAAGCCUGAUGGUUUCCGGGUCAGAGCCACCCUGCGUCGUGGCCAGAGUGCGACGGGUCUCUCCCAAGGUAGUAUGUCGGCGAGCGGCGCUACGAGUUCAGUGGCAUCGCCAGGUCCUCCAGCCGCGACUGGCGCUCAAUCAAACCCCGCUGGAGGCCAACGGAUCUCCUUCUUCUACGGCUCCAACAGCGGAACGUGCAAAGCCCUCGCUCACCGACUUGCUUCCAGUCUGAUGGGCCGUGGCUUCACGGAGCAGAAGCUUGCCGCUCUCGACACCGUCGUCGGGAACCUGCCAACGGAUCAGCCGGUGAUCAUUGUGACAACGUCCUACGACGGGCGGCCGACAGACGAUGCGGAGGAGUUUGUCCGCUGGCUGGAGAGCAAACGCCCUGUCCUUCAGGGUGUCUCCUACGCCGUCUUUGGCUGCGGCCACCACGACUGGGCCAAGACAUUCUAUCGCAUUCCCAUCCUGAUUGACGACCUGAUGCACAAGGCUGGAGCCACGCGACUGACUGCGCUUGGCACAGCCAACGCUGCCGUUAGUGAUCUCUUCUCGGAUCUCGAAUUGUGGGAAGAAACCAACCUCCUUCCCGCCCUCCGGGAAGCUUUCCCUCCGUCCAACAGCAGCGACGUCGAGUCAUCCGAGCCACACCAACUCCAGAUCUGCGUCAGCAAGCCCAGGAGAGUGGACAUGCACCGGGGCCUGGUGGAGGCAAAAGUCACUGCGGUCCGGACCCUGACCAGCCCGGACAGCCCCGAGAAGCGGCAUGUGGAAUUCCAUGUCCAGGGAGACACCACCUGGCGCCCAGGGGAUCAUGUCAACAUCCUCCCUGUCAAUCCACUCAGCACGGUCUCUCGAGUCCUAGCUUACUUCCAACUCGCGCCGGACCACAGUAUCACCGUCAACUCGUUCAACACGCAAGGCCUUCCGUCCGCCACCCCCGUGUCAGCGACCGAGCUCUUUAGUUCAUUUGUCGAGCUUUCGCAACCGGCAACGAGAAAGAACCUCAAAGCCCUCGCGAUGGCAGCAGAGUCGAAGACAGACGAACAAGAGCUGAUCCGGUUGCACGAUUCCUACGAUGCACUCGUCCGAGACAAACGCGUCUCGGUCUUGGAUAUUCUAGAAAGAUUCCCAUCUAUUUCACUGCCUAUCGGUAUAUUCAUAUCGAUGCUUCCCCCUCUGCGUCUCCGGACGUAUUCCCUCUCCAUGGCUCCGUCCUUCAAACCCUCGCAUGGUUCGCUCACCUUCUCCGUCAUCAACGAACCGGCAUGGAGCGGUAACGGGCAGUACCUGGGCGUGGGGUCAAACUACCUCGCAUCGCUUACACCAGGCUCUCUUCUCUACUUGUCACCACGUCCAGCCAAAGACGCCUUUCAUCUGCCCGCGGACCAGUUCAACACGCCCAUCAUCAUGAUCUGUGCCGGAAGCGGGCUGGCUCCGUUCAUGGGUUUCAUCCAAGAACGCAUGACCUGGCUGAAGCAAGGACGCCCUCUUGCAAAGGGUCUGCUGUUCUUCGGCUGUCGGGGGCCACAUCUCGAUGAUCUAUAUUAUGAGGAGUUAUCUGAAUUCGAAGACGCAGGCGUGGUUGAGGUCCACAGAGCGUACAGUCGAGCUCCGGACGACGUCCGGGCCAAAGGAUGCCGGCAUGUGCAACAUCGGUUGGUGACUGAAGCUGAGGCUGUCCGGGAUCACUGGGGCCGGAAUGCAAUAGUCUACGUCUGCGGCUCGAGCAAUAUGGCCAGAGGGGUACAGACGGUGUUGGAGGAAAUACUGGGGACCUUGCCCCCGGAGCGAUAUGUUGCGGAAAUCUUCUGA